AUGGAGCCCGGACUUCAUCCGAUGGCCGAGCACAGCCUGGACGCCCUCUGCAGAAACACCAAAUUCACCAGACGCCAGAUUCAGCUCAUGUACAGAAGCUUCAAGCAGGAGUGCCCCACGGGUUUCGUGGAAGAGGACACCUUCAAACACAUCUUUGCACAGUUCUUCCCAUACGGAAACGCCUGCUCAUACGCCCGAUACGUCUUCAAGAGCUUCGACCGGAACAGGAACGGUGCCAUCAGCUUCAAGGACCUGCUCUACUGCCUGUCGCUGCUGUGCUACGGAAGCGUGCAGGAGAAACUGCGUUGGGCCUUUUCGCUGUACGACGUCAACGGCGAUGGCUUCAUCACACGCCAGGAGCUUAGGGACGUCGUUUGCUCGGUGUACGCGCUCCUGGGCCGCCGCUCAAGCACGGACGAGAGGGCACUGCGCGACCACGUGGACCGCGUGUUCCAGAAAAUGGACGUGAACCGGGAUGGUGUCGUUACCAUGGACGAGUUCAUGCAAAUGUGUUCCAAGGACGACACCAUUGCACGGUCCUUGACUCUUCUGGACACGACGCUGUAGCGACUGGUUGCUGCAGAUAGAAACGGCGUUCGGGUGUCUUUUGAUAUUGUGAGAUUUAUGCAGGCCGAGUGUGUUGGGCACUGACCAAAUUUGCGAAUGUCGCUUCAAACCGUCCAGCGACUACGCAAGCCAUUUGAAAAUCACUUAAAUGCAACAAGUUUUACAUACAAUUGGAUACUCGUCUGCAAAGGCUUGCUGCCACUGCGGUGCACCAUCGCUUGUUAAUGUGAAAUUCUGUACGACCUCGUAGCAUGUAUCCAAAACCUAACUAAGGCCAGGUGAUGGGAAAGCUCCUGCACUUGAAAGUACCCCGUAUGGUUGGUAGCAACCCCUGCUCAAAUACUCUUUUGAUAUGAUCGUCUGUGACACUGCUGUGUGGGAUGGCCUCUGAAUCUCGUGAUUUUCAUGCCAUAAAAAGAAGUCAGCACCACCAGACAAAGCUGCUUCUCCAAGACGACAUUUGCAGUAUUAAAUCAUUCACAACCAGCUAGAGUUUUGUAAUGAAAAUGGCAACUAUUUAAUAAUUAUAAAAAAAAUGAAAGUCUUCCUUUUUGUUCCACAACACCCCAAGAGUAUUUUGAAACAGUUUGAAUUGAAGAGUACUCUGGUACUACACAGUAUUAUGAAGCCAGUACAGUGCAAAGAGAACACAAUUUGUAGCCCCCUAGACACAUAAUAUUGCGAGCAGCUAUGUCUGAAAAAACAAAAAUCGAAAGACCUGCUUUGGGAAUUGUCACUCUUGUGGCAGGCUAGUGCAGGACACCAGGGAAGGGCACCUCGAGCCAGGCCUGGAAACAUACUGCAGACUAUUCAUACAUGUGGUGAAGGCAUGUUUCUUCACUAAUGCAGGCUGAUGCAUUAUCUGGCAGGGUACACCAAAUAGUCUCCCUCACCUAUGAUGGUAAAACCCAUUGUUGGUUGGCAGAAUACUGUUUCAAAUUCACAACUGCCUGUUCCUAGCCAUCUUAACUUCCCUUUGUUAUCCCAUGAUGCAUUUAUAUGCACAGAUUUGUUGAGUGAAACUACACUGCUCCUAAUUCUGCAACGUCCAGAUACUCACUUUUACAGAAAGCUUGAGACAUAUUGUACAAUUCAAAAAUCUGCAGUUAAAGCAUGAAAACAAAGAUCAACUGGAGCACAUAUCGAGAAGAGAGAGGCAGCUCAGUUGCAUUAUGCUGUACACAGCAACUAAGAGCACUAUUUAUGUGAAAAGCAAGCAUAGCUUUGUUGUUUUAACUUGCAGGUUGAAGGUUUGGGGAGAAUAUUCCACUGUUUCCAUUCCUCGCCAGAAAGUUCCGAGUAUUUUUUCAGUCUCUAGACAACUGAACAGACCCAACAUCUUUUGGGAAGCUGUUGUGUGGAUUGGAGACACUGCAGAAACUUUCAAGCCUCUCUUGGGCACGCUAUAGCAGUUAAACCUAGGCCACCAUAGCUAGCGUAAAGAUUACAGGUUGUUGUGCCUAGCAGAAGAGCGUGAGAGAACCAUCGCACGUCUAUUUUAGUGCUGUUGUGUGUCAAAGUGAAACUACCAUGCCGACAAAAAAGUGUCUAGUUGUUUCUGGGGGCAUCCUCAGUUCAACGGCUAAGCCAGAGAAGCUCCAGGGUUCGAUCAGCAGCAGGCGUUUGGGAGUGACACUUGCAGAUCAGGGUCGUCUGUAGCGAUGUCUCAGUGACACGUUUUGCAAAGCGCUUUGAAGCAGCAUUUGCAUGGGAGUAAGCCAGUUCCUGUAGGCAAUCAGAGCGCGGCAGUGUUACAGCCAAAACUCAAGUUGCAGGUGCACAUGUGAAGCUGUGGUAGUUUAAUGCUUUCCAUAAGCAGCAUCUGCAGGCAGGUUUGGGGCAAACACCUGUGGAGCAAGUGCUUUUACAUGAGUUCAAAGUUUCUCGACCCCUUACAUAGGAUGCGACAGCUUGACCUGGUUGCUGCCAUUUGCUGAUACAAAGUCGCCUUAACUGUGUUAGGGAGGAGUGUUUGUACAUUCAUGUCCAUUUUUGUCGCCCGCUUCGUGUUUGUACAAAGAUUAAUAUUUUUAUAUGUAAACAGUAUGCAUAAAGUUUGAGGGAUCUCUUUCAGUUAGGCCAGUGAAACCAUGGUCCUUCCUUGUUGACUUCAAAGGGCAAUUCUCCAUCUCUACUUUGUUCACCCCCAUCUGAUGGUGUUGCAUACAGCCCCUACUCAGUAUUGGGCCAAUUCUCCAGGCCCGUGUCUAGUUAUAGUGUCUAUUUUGUCUUUCAUAUUUGGGAAGAUGAUCCCUUUAAGUCACCCAUGGCCACUGGAUCUAGCUCUGGCACGGCAUUCAGUUCGCACAAAAUUCUGCCGGCUAUUGACCUGCUGCUAAAGUAGGAUUGAAAAAGAUGGGAAAACAUAAUGACUAUCCUCAGCAGAAUGCUCACUUUACCUUAUGCAAGGCAUUACUUUAAAAUAUGCAUAACUAUUCUGGAGGCUUUUGAAACAAGUCGGUGAGUAGACAUGCGUCUUGUUUAAAUCUCCUAUUAGCUCAACAUUCUUCCAACCACAAGGAGGUUUCAAGCAAAGCACAGAUCAAAUUCAUAUGUGCACACAACUGGACUUGUCUUGGCUCCGUUCAGUGGUGCACCUGCAGCAGAAAUACGCUUUCUUCACUAUAACUGCCUUGCUGAUGUGUAUGUUUCAUGUCAGUCCAUGCCAAAGAUACAUCCAGCUGCUGUGGUUCAGCCAUGCCUGCAUGCUUUAUUUGUUUGGUCCACAGUAUUGCAGACCUGCUGUAUUGAUAUCACCACCCAGUUGUCUGGACUACUUGCACAGUGGCAGUGUUGUGCAUUUGUUGGUUUGCAAAGUAUAGUGUAUAUUGGUGUUGUUUACUUGCUAUAUUUCUGUUGGGGGUGACACUACACCAGUAUCACUUAUUUGGAACAGGUGAUGGCACUGUGGGGCAAUUACAGGGGUGAGAAUAUUGCUGUGAUUAUGGGUGCAUUGAGUGAGGACCCUCAGACAUGAGACUCUAAGGCAGUGAAGGGGUCCUUGCUCAAUGCUCCCAAUGGUGAGCAUGUAUUGGGAUAUCCCUCCUCAUAAGUUUCUCCGUUAGACUGCGAGAUUCUUGUGACAUUCUUCAGUGUUUGUAAUAUGCCUUGUUGUUUGGCUGUACACGGAGGCUACUGUGCAACAUCCUUGUGUAAAUUCGAUAGCUGCUGUUGAGACGGCUCAAUAAACUGGGCAAAGUGCA